AUGUGGUCGUAUGUGAGAGUAGAGGUUGUUCUUCUACAGCUUAUGAUUACAGGAGCGUCAUGUUUUGUUAAUCUAGUUUUUGAACAAGGACACGGAGGGAAAGCCGCCAUGGGCGCAUCAGCUCAAAACCCAACCUGGAACGCCAGUAGAGCAAUAGAUGGCAAUGUCUCACAGAACUACCAUUUAAACUCCUGUGCUAUAACGGAUGUUGAAGGAAACCGUAAUACUUCUAUAUGGUGGAGGGUGUGGUUAGAAAGGCAAUUCAACGUAGCAUAUCUAGAGAUUUAUUUCAGAUAUGAUACAUAUACAAGAUCAGCUGGAUUUUCCGUUUACACGUAUAUUCCGGAGACGUUUCAUCCACUGCAUGAUCCUAAACAUCUCGUAUAUCAUCACGAUCCCAAGUCUGGAUGUCCAACGUCUGUCAUGAAUAUAACCGUCAACAACGUAACUCAAGGGAUCGCAUUUAUCAACACACGACCGCCGGGAUAUACAUCAAGCUGUCAAAACGAUAACAUAAUGUAUACUGGGAUAGAAAUAUGUGAAGUUAAAGUCAUGGGUUGUGACCCGAGAAGGUUUUCACCUGGCUGCAGGCAUCACUGUCCAUUUAAAUGUAAAAACGAACACUGUGACGCAUUUAAUGGAUCCUGUAUACAUGGAUGCACUGAUCCAAACGCUCUCACACUUGACUGCAUUGUAUGCCCUAAUGGAACAUUCAUAUCAAACAAAGCGUGUGAAGACUGUCCUGGUCAUUGUAAAGAUGAAGCACCUUGCAAUAAGUUGACGGGGAUGUGCAAAAACGGUUGCACUAUUCACUGGACUGGAAUUUUUUGCAAUAUUUGCUCCGAUCACUACCAUGGCAGUGACUGUAACACUCCAUGUGGAAACUGUAAAAACAAUGACGUGUGUGACAAAGGGAAUGGUUCCUGUCCUUAUGGGUGUCAGAGUCACUGGCAGGGAGAGCGGUGUGACGUUUGCUCUGAUCACUACUACGGCACUGACUGUAGCACUCUAUGUGGACGCUGUAAAAACAAUGGCGUGUGUGACAAAGGGACUGGCCGAUGUCAUAGUGGGUGUUCGAUUCGCUGGGAGGGAGAGGGGUGUGACGUAUGCCAAGACGGAUUUUACAAUGCUACCUGUUCUGCUAAAUGUGGUCACUGUGUCAGAGAAGAAAUUUGUGAAAAACACGAUGGGACUUGCAUCAAUGGCUGCAGUCAAAACUUCAAACCCCCUCUUUGUCAAGAAUGUGUUUCCUAUAAAUAUGGCCCAAACUGUGGAUUUGAUUGUGGACAUUGCAAAGAUGGUAAAUCGUGUGCCGCAGAAAACGGAGUUUGCACCGAAGGUUGCGAUUUUGGAUGGAUCGGUGUUCUUUGUGUAACAGCCAAAAUUAAUGCGCCUGAAUUCGACAAACAGAAAAACAGGUUAACAACAACAGGAGUAGCAAUCAUAGCAAGUCUGUCAACAAUGUUUGCUAUAAGCCUUAUUGUAAUCUUCUUCAUGGCACGCCAUAUCAUGAAAAGUAAAACCAACAGACACCGUACAGACGCAUCUGUAAACGAAAAAUCUCCUCAGACGUAUGUCGAUUUAUCAGCUAUGGAUGACAACCAUGCGUACUCAACGUUAGAUUCUACGGUAUCGGAUACUCCAUAUAACGUGAUCGGAGACUAACGUAACGAUAUUUAAUCACGCUUUUAUGUUCCACGUUGCGAUCGAAACUUAGACUUUAUCUUUGAAAAUGUUAUAGAA